CGUGAUCCGCCUGGAUAGACUGGAUAGAGAUAGCCAGUGCACUUGAGAAAGCCCAUCGUAGGCUGUCUCGACGUGUAUGUUCUGAACGCUUCGCAACAUGUUAAUGAGUUUUCGUCGGCUCCCAACGAAAAAUUCACGUGGUGUAUUCAGUAUACGAAGGAAAAACGCUAGUUCAAGACAUUUACCCUCUUGAUCGAGUCUUUUACUUAGUACCAAUUGUGCAAUAAACAAGCUGAGGGACGAUGCCAGGCAAAAGGGGCAGAAGAGGAAAGUACGGUGGAAAAAGAGCUGAGUUUACAUCCGACGAGGAUUCAGUCAACAAUGAUGCGUACAGUGAUGCCAGCGGUCAAUCCGACAAUCGUAGCAUGUUGGAGGAUGCAAACGACAACGAGGUGGACGAGAUCGCGCAGCAGGAAGCGUUCGAGGAAAAAUUGAAGGAGGCGAUCGACGGCUUGUCGCAAAAGAGUGCGAAGGGCAGAACUAUUUGCUUCAACGGCGUGGAAAAGAUUUUCGCUAUCAAGUACAUCCCAGAUUUUGUGGAAGAUAGAAAAAUGACCAUCACGGAUUCAGUGGAGCGUGGUCUGAAGAAGGGACGAGGAGAGGAGCAGUCGACAGCCGCCAGAUUAAGUACUCUACUCUGCGUCCAGUUGGGAGCGUUCGACAGCGCCGAGACCAUUUCCAGAGAUCUGAAAUCAACCAUUUUUUUCAUCGCUAACGAUAAUACGGCUUCUGCCAAUGCUCGUGCCGAGUGUUGCUGGGCGUUGGGUAUGAAUCAAUUCUUGUCGGGCAACGAUGCGACCGACACCAUGGAAAUUGCGCAGUUACUGUCGUCCAUCUUCGCGGGCUCUUACCUGAAAGGGAACGGUGCAAUCGCAAACAUAUCUACAGAUGUAGCGGCGUUGCACGUGGCUGCUAUCUCAUCGUGGACUCUGCUCUUGACAGUCAUGACGUCUGCGGAUAUAUACAAUUUGCUCGCGAGUGACAAAACCAACAGUUACAUGCCCUCUCUCAAUCGAUUGCGCGAAUUGCUGGAAUCACCGCACCUUGAUGUACGCUUAUCAGCCGGCGAAGCAUUGGCCGUGAUAUUCGAGCUGGGCCGUGAUUUCUCUUGUGACUACGAACAAGAUUGGGCCUUGGAUCUCGUCGAAAUUCUCAGAGAUCUCGCCACGGAUUCCAACAAAUACCGAGCUAAGAAAGACCGCAAGCAGCAGCGCGCUAAUUUUAGAGACAUUCUACGUUAUAUCGAAGAAGAUGUUGUUCCAGAAAUGCACGUGAAAUUUGGGCAAGAGGUUUUGUACUUGGAAGGAUGGUGCGCGAGGACUCAAUACAACGCCUGCUGCCGAUUAUUAGGUCCCGGUAUCAACAUUCAUCUUGCUGAAAAUCAACUCUUGCGCGAGAUCUUUCACCUCGGCAACAAAGUUCUACCUAUACCAUCGGUCCAGAAAACAAGCAAAUUAGAAAGAACAUUGAUGAACGCGGCCGCAUUUAAAGCACGUACCAUUCAACGCAACAAGAACCGCGACAAACGAUCCGCAGCCAUGGCACCGUAAUCACUUCUGCUCCUAUGCUGACUCUCUGUUUUUAGUGUGAUGCAAUGACUUGAUUUUUUGUCAAUUUACUGUUAUGGUCAAAAUUAUAGAAAUAUUCCAUGAACAGGGACAGUACAUCAUUUCUCGGUAACAAAUUUAAAUUCUAUCAAUGUGAUUUACCCUGUCACUUUUAUCUCUACUUUAUUUAUUUAAUAUUUAAUGAAAUCCAAAUGUAUAUACAAGUCCAAGCAUGUAUAUAUGCAACGAUGCUAUAAUACAAUAUAACAAUGAUUAUAUUUAGCAUAGUAAUUAUUUCAACAUGCGUGUCAAUAAGCAGCUAUCGAUUCGAAUAUUGAUUAGUGUGAUAUUUCUAACAGUAAUACUGUACCGUUGUUGCUUCUUGGAUAUUGUAUUUUGUUUUCGUUUUAACAAUCGAGUUCAGUUCAAGUUUUAACUUGUGUAGAUGGAAUUUUAUUAUCUCGUUUAUCUGGUUUCUCAUUAUAUUAAGGUGAAAACAUCUGCUAUUUAGAAAAUUAUUUCGCGCUUUAACAAUAAUUAUACACAUGUUAAAAUUAGAAAAUAUUUACUAGCAUUGUACAUAAUUACAUGUAAGUUGUGAUGAUCGUAAAAUAAACUAUAGCUUGUAAGAAUAAAA